UUUUUUAUGUCUGCAAGUCUAUAUAAAAUCGUACUUCAUAUCAACUGAUUUCUCCUUUUUCAACUUACCUUUCCUAUUAUUUGUAUAUAAUGUCAACAAAGAUCCAACCUUAUUCUCCUAUUCCUGUUACUGUAACAGGUCCUAUCGAGAUCUACAAAACUGUAAUUCGAAAAUCCGUUUCCAAAUAUGGUGUAAAAUGGAAUUUCAACAAACAUCAAGAUGCCCCAACUGGAAGCUUAAAUGGUAUGCAAAGACAGCCAACCUAUGUCUUCAGAGAAUACUUUUGUAUGCCGUUUGCAGAAGAGAAGCAAGAAGAUCGAAUGCCCAGUCACUCUGAAAGUCGUCUGUCUGCCAGUUUUUCCAACGGGAUCCUGUACGCAAUUGUCACGCGCCAUCCAUUGACUGGCACUGGUUGUCCUGUUGCUUUCUUCUUCACAAUCGAUCAAUCAAUGGUGGUAGAUACCGAGUUGGGUGCGAUCCAAGAAGUAUACCCUUCGGCAAGUGUACAAUGGUGCUUGUCCCACGUGGCAGGAGCCUGGACAGGGAAAAUCCGACAAUUGGUCAAGCUUGGUGAUACCCACAACAACAACACCAACCAGAACAAGCCUCUACCAUUGCUCUAAGCAAUUCUUUAAAAGAAUUUGAUACUCUGCUUUCUAACACCCAUAAAUUAAAAUGCCAGCAAUAUGCUUAUAAUGAAACUGAGCUCGAAGAAUUGGCCAGCUUCAAUCAUUG